AGUAAUCUACAUAUUGUUGUGGGUCCAGCCCAUUUUCAUUUGGGUUCCAUUUUUUUCUUUGGUGGAGGGCCCAAUUAUGUUUUUACUUUGUUGACUAAAAAAAAGAGAGUAAAAGGGCUGGGCAGUGGCAGUGCUUACGAACAGAGCAGAGAGAGCAAACAGAGAAAAAAAACAGAAUAGAGAGAGGAAAGGUGCUGGUGCAGAAUUUACAGACCAGCCGCACAAAUCCGAUCAUCGCCGGAGAUCCGACCGUUGGAUUGAGCUGAAAUUUUCAGAGGUUGUUCCCAACACUUUGGGCUUCAAUCUGUUCAAGUUUCACAUUAAUCGGAGCUACGGAUCUUCUGUAAUCGCAGCUGGUGCGACGCUGCUUUUUUGGGUGAUAAUCCUGAUUUUCCUUCUCUAUUGUUGAUGCCUCUUAUGUAUGUUGUUGUUGGUGGGUUGUGACAUCCUUGUAGACUGAGUUUGGGUGUUUUUACCCUCAAUUUGCAUAAUAAGAGAAGAAGAGGGCGGACUCCCUAUAAGUCCCGUGGUUUUUAUCCUUCACAUCGAAGGGGUUUUCCACGUAUAAAAAUCGUGUGUCGUUUGCAUCUUUAUUCUUCAUAUUUUAUUGUGGUUUAUUUGAUGUGUUGCUGAUUUUGUGUGCUUGGUUAAUCAAUUGUGGUAAAUUGGGUAAGUGUUUGGUUGGUUGUCUUGAAGUUGAUCCUUGUAGGUGUCGUAUCCUACUUGUUGCUUCUCCCCCAACACAUAUCACAUCUUACUUACACUUAUCACAUCAAAAGUAUUUUUGAAAAAAUUAACACAAAAAUAUCUCAUCUUUAAAUUUUAGGGAGUAGAAAUUUUUUUUCGACCAUAGCAGUGAUGAAAUCAUGUACAGGGGCUGGUAGCUUUGGCAUCAACGACAAUACUGGGGGACACCGGAAGCAAGACAACCACGACGGCUCCCCUCACGGUGUCGCUCCACCUGAUCUCCCUCGGCCUCGCUGGUUACAACCCAUCCCUACAAGCAUUUGCGGCGGAGCAGCUCCAAGACGAAGACGGAGACAAGAGUUCGUUCUUCCAAUGGUGGUACUUCGGAAUCUGCUGCGGCUGUCUCGCCGGCGUCUCCGUCAUGUCUUAUAUCCAAGACACCUUUGGGUGGGGACUUGGAUUCUCCAUUCCCACCCUUUCCAUGCUCGCCUCCGUCCUCAUUCUCCUCUCCGCCAAUCGGUUCUACCUGUACACGGCGGAUUCCAAGCCAAUCGCCGCUUUGCAGUGUCACAAAUCCGCCAUUGUCCAGCUUCAUGAACUUGAAGAAGAAAAGCUAGUGUUUCAGAACCAUGAAGAAGGGGAAGAGGUAGAGAAGAACAGGUCAAAGAAGCAGCGCAUAAACGUCGUCUACCAAACGGGCAGACUGGUGAUACGGUUAUUCCCCGUUUGGACAUUGCUGUUAACCUUCGCCGUCAUCUUCCAACAGCCGGCGACUUUCUUCACAAAACAAGGCAUGACAACGGCGAGGAACAUCGGACCCAACUUCAAGAUCCCGCCGGCGGCUCUGCAGAGCGCCAUAACCGUCUCCAUUAUCCUCCUCACGCCAAUCUACGACCGAUGCUUCGUCCCCCUCGCCCGCGCCUUCACGGGAAACGACAAAGGCGUCACGGUGAGGCAACGGAUGGGGAUCGGGAUGCUCGUCUCCGUCGUCGCGAUGGCGGUCGCCGCCGUCACCGCCUGCAAGCAGAGGGCGGAGGCGGCGGAGAUGAGCAUCAUCUGGCUGCUCCCGCAGUACAUUCUCCUGGGGGUUUCGGACAUUUUCACCGUCGUCGGAAUGCAGGAGUUUUUCUACUCCGAGGUUCCGGCGACGAUGAGGACGUUGGGGAUUGCCCUGAACACCAGCGUGUUCGGGUGCGGGAGCUUCUUCGGUUCUUUUCUCAUUUCUUUGCUCGAGCAUUUCACCGGCGGGGACGGGCACGGGUGGUUCUCGGACGAUAUGAGGGAGGCGCGCCUGGAUAAGUAUUACUGGUUUCUGGCGGGGUUGAGCUCUCUGAGCUUGGUCGUCUUUGUCAUAUUCUGUAAGUUUGAUCGGGUCUGUAACUAAUUGAGGAUGGGAGCUUUUAUUUAAUUAAUGAAGGCUCUGCCCUCAACUCUGUACCUAGGGUUUGUACUUUGUAGAUAAGUGUGUUGUAAGUUUUCUAGUGGGAGCAGUAUGUGUUUAAUGACUUAAAUCGCUGCAUUUCUCGAUCGUAGUGACACCAUUC